AUUGGUCAAGGGCAAAUACUACCAGCUCUGCGUCUCCAGUCACUCCGUGCCAUUUCACCAAGUAGGAGCCAAAGGAAAGCUUGAAAAAUGAAAAUGUUGGCAAGACUCAUUCUGGGACUUGUCAUCUUUGAUGCCGCUGGGACCGCUCCAACUCUGGAACCCAUCAACUAUGACUCAGAAACAUAUGACACUGUCUUGGAGGACCUGGAUAAUUUAUACAACUAUGAAAACAUACCUAUUGGUCAAGCUGAGUUUGAAACAGCCACAGUGAUGCCUUCUGGGAACAGAGAGCUCCUCACCCCACCCCCACCGCCGGAUGAGGCUGAAGAGGAGGAAGAAGAGGAGUCCACCCCCAGACUGAUCGAUGGCUCCUCUCCACAGGAGCCUGAAUUCACCGGGGUCCUGGGCCCACACACCAAUGAAGACUUUCCAACCUGCCUUCUGUGUACGUGUAUAAGUACCACUGUAUACUGUGAUGACCGUGAACUUGAUGCUAUCCCUCCGCUGCCCAGGAACACUGCUUAUUUCUAUUCCCGCUUCAACAGAAUUAAAAAGAUCAACAAAAAUGAUUUUGCAAGCCUAAAUGAUUUAAGAAGGAUCGAUUUGACUUCAAAUCUAAUAUCUGAAAUUGAUGAGGAUGCAUUCAGAAAGCUACCCCGCCUCCGGGAGCUUGUCCUGCGUGACAAUAAAAUAAGGCAGCUCCCCGAACUGCCAAACACUUUGACAUUUAUCGAUAUCAGCAGCAAUAGGCUGGGAAGGAAAGGAAUAAAGCAAGAAGCAUUUAAAGAUAUGUCUGAUCUCCAUCACCUCUACCUCACUGAUAACAAUUUGGACCACAUCCCUCUGCCACUCCCGGAAAACCUACGGGCCCUUCACCUCCAGAAUAACAACAUCUUGGAGAUGCAUGAAGACACCUUCUGCAAUGUUAAAAAUUUAACUUAUAUUCGUAAGGCGCUGGAGGAUAUUCGAUUGGAUGGAAACCCUAUCAAUCUCAGCAAAACUCCUCAAGCCUACCUGUGCCUACCUCGUCUGCCUAUUGGAAGUCUUGUCUAAUUUCAGAUCAUGGUUAGCAUUAUGACACUCACUAUAAUGGAACAAUUCUUACUGCUCUCUUCAAAAACAGAAGCUCAGCAUGAUACUUUCAAAUUGUGUUUUAAAACAUGGUGUACGACUAAAAGUUUUAAGGUAUCAUGACAUUUAGCAUGUUAAGCAAACACCAGGUGAGUCAGGAAUAAAACCAAAUGAUGUACAGUAAGAGCAAAACUAAAUGACUUCAGUUUUGAUUUCAUAGAUACUCUUGUAUAUCCCAUAUAACUUGCAAGUUUUAAGGAUUUAUUUCCCAUAUAAUUUCAAGUUAAGUCUAUAAUAAAGAAAAAAAAAACAAAAUUAACACUUUAGGUGCAUUGCCAAGAUUUAGAUGUUUUUUAAACUUUUCUAUUCCUUUGUUUUUUUAACUAAAGCGUGUUUCUGUUUCCACGUUUAUUCAUGAGAAUGAAGGAGACAAUAAAAUAAUUCAAAAUUUGCAAUGGCCUUGUGGGAAAAUAUCCAUUAUAAUCACAACAUGCAAAUAAUCAUAUUCGACAAUAUCACAUAUCUUCAGUUUUUGAAAAAAUAUUAAAUUAUGAACUUCAAAAAAAUAAUUUUUUCACCUUAAGGAUCUGAGAACUCAUUUUAGACCCUUGCUUAAAUGGCAGUUUAUUGCUAUAUCUCAUAAGAUGAUGGUGCUGUAGAGGACCCUAGGCUUGUCUUAUCACUCUAACACAACUGGAUAACAAUCAAAUCAUCCUAUUGGUAUAUUUCUGUGCCUGUGAACAAAAUAAAAUUUAGAAAAUGGAAAAGAGAUGAUGAUAUGAUCACCACACUAGGGAAGAAGCUAAGGAAAGUUGUUCUUUCUGAAAUGUAUGAUCAUAACACAGGGACAUGGUUAAAAAACAAAAAAUGACAGAGGAAUAUACAGUGAAAAGUGAUUUUCUUUCCUUCUGCAAACCUCAAGUUCUACUCCCAAGAAAUAACUAGGCGAUGGUUUCUUGAGUGCUUUUGUAAAAGUUUUCAUGAGAAACAAAAACUUGUACUUGUUUCAUGAAAAACAAAAACUUUUUAAGAUUUAUUUAUUUGAGAGAGAGAGGGAAUGGGAAGUUUUCUGUUGAAGGGAAGUGCAAGGGGAGAGUACUGUGUAAGGAAGAAAAAAGGGGAAAGAAUCUGGAGCAGACUCUGUACUGAGUAAGGAGCCCAACCCAUGGGGCUCAGCAGGGCUCAACACGGGGUUCAAUGACCCUUGAGAUCAUGACCCUGAGAUCAUGAUCUGAGUUAAAAAUCCAAGUGUUUGUCACUCACCUGUCUGAGCCAUCCAAAUGCCCUGAACAAUUUCCCUUUUUUAUACAAAAAUACAUGUGCAGGUCUACACACACACAUCACCAUUAUGUACGCAUCUAACAUGUAAACAUGGAUUUUUAAAUACCAGAGGUAAUCACUAUUCUAAAUUUUGCUUCUUUCACUUAAAAAUAUUUCUUGACAAUUUUUCCAUAUCAGCACAUAUAGCACUACUGAUUCUGAAAAGCACAUAUCAGUCCACUACGCUAAUGAAUUCAUUCUCGGCCUUUUGGCUAAGAUCAAGUGUAGUAUCUGUUCUUAUCAGUUCAUCUCACUUUUUGAAAGGUUGGAAGACUUAAUACCUUGUAGUUAGCUUUUAUGACCAACAGAUGGCGCUUACUUUUUUGGUUUGAAAUGACUGCUUGGAUCUCUUCAGGGUUGCAAAAGGCAAGUUUUUGAGAGUGUAUAAAAUGCAUUCCAUUUAUUUUCUCUUAUAGCCCGUAGAACUUAAUAGGUGACAAAGAUGGAUCUAAAAAAAAUAUUUGUUGAGUUUUACUUAUCUGACCAAAUUUCUCAGGCAUAUCCAAAUUCUCUCUAAAAAAUUUUAAUUUAUAAGUUUAAUUAGCAGAGGCUUGCUUUCCAAAAGCCAAUUGAAAAAUGCUAAAAUCUAAUGAAUAUACCCAAUUACACUGCACCAGAAUAAAGGAUAGUAAAUAUUGGCAACCUGGAAUUAUUUAAAUAUGCCAUUCGUGAUAAAUAUAAAAAUGAAGUACCUAUCUUCUUAUAGUUUGUUUUGUAUACGGGGGGCGGGGUGGGGGGGCUCUCACUGACUGGAUUUUGAAUGAGUUACUACUGCCAUCAAGUGUUAGCAUUCAUCCUUUUCAAUUCACACAAAUGCACAAAAAAUAACACCAAGAUAGCAGUGUGUUUUCAAUGUAACAAUGUAACGUCCUGCAUAACAUAAAGCAUAGCGUAACUUAUGCUGUCAUACAGCAUUUAAUGGAAUUUCAGAAUGCUGCAUGCUAUUCAAGUCUCCCAAAUAAAG